AUGGGUUCAUUUGCGAAAAUGAUCGUAGUCGGCCUUAUGGCACUAUGCCUUGGUAUUGUGAGCUUCGUAGAGGCUUCGGUUGUCAAUGGCCUACCGCGUCUUAUUGAGGGCGACUCUGGCAAUGCCACUGCCAUUGUUACGAGUGCAGAUCCCACUGCUGUCUUCAUCAAUCCACCCAAUCGCCUGUCGGGCACUCAUCACCCAUCUACUUUCACCACGAUUUACCUCACCGACCAUGAUCAUUCCGCCAGUACAUCUCCACCUACUACUGACACUGGCGGAUCGCUCCUUCAACCUCCUUCAACCUCUUUUGGUCGUAGCCCUAUCAUGACCGAAGUUCCUAAGCGCACCCUCAAAUUCUCAGAGUUCUUCGACCUUGGAGAGCAGCAUCAUGAGGGGUCGGGUCUGAACUCCCGAGAUCUAGAGGUUGAUGAUGGUGAAUUAGUUGCAAGAGAUGACUACGACGGCUAUGGUUACGCACAUGGUCCCAGCACGGCUCCUGUUGUCGUUGGUGGAUAUGGUAGUCCUCCUGUGCCAACAGGUCUACUACCUCCUGGUGGAUAUGGCGUUCCAGCCGCCCCCGAAAUCGUCGACCCAAGUGUUGUCACACUUCCAGAUCCACCAACUGUGACCGUCUCUCUGAGUCUUCAAACGCCUCCAUUCGCCAUUCAAAGUACUCCUGCAAUCCCACACGUUGUCACUAUCACCAAGAUAGCCUCGAGUGCAUCAGUUGCAUCAAUUUCACAGGUACCCCCGCAGAAUGUUACGAAGACCGUUACCGCACCCAAGUCGGUAUCAGCUCCUGUAGUGGUAGUAAUUACCACCCCACCAGUAAAGGCUGGAACUACUACCAAAACUGACGACUAUGUUUACACGACGGUUUCUGUUGCCUCGUCAGCUUCACAUGCUAGCUCCAGCAACUUCGUGGUGUUGGAAACGCCAAUAGCACACCCUUCCCCGAGACCGUCCGUUGUCGAAACCAACGCCGCUGACUUUGCCGCGAAGUUCAACUUACGCCUUAUGCUCGUUGCAGCAGCUUUGGCGGUUAUGGGUUGUUUGAUGCUGUCUUAA